GUUUGCCUCUGGGGUCGGUGCCCCGCCGAACCCCCGCUCCGGGGAGCGCGGCCAGGGCAGGCUUACAGCAGGCGAGAGGCGCGUCGGAGCCGCGCUGUCGCAGGGCGUUUGUGCCGCUUUAAGGCGGUGCCGCCGCUCCGGGCUCGGUCAGGCACCGGGAAGAGGAACUGGGCUUUGCACUGCCGGGUCGGGGCGAGCGCACCGCCGUGCACCGGGCGGCUGCGGGUCCCCCGCACCAUCUCCCGCCGCUGCCUGCUCCGCGGUCGCUGCAAGGGAGGGAUGGGGUGGGGAGGGGAAGGAGGCGCUUGGGGCAAGGACGGGCCUUUGCAUCCGCACCGCACCCCCCUCGCAGCCCCUCUGCUCCCCAUUGCAUCCCCUUCGCAUCUCCCUCGCUUUUUCCUUCUGCUGCAAGGAGCUGUGCUUGCCAGGGCCACCUUCUUGCAGGGUGCGUGCUUGAAAUAAAAGCCCCCCCACCCCACCCCGCGGAGAGACCCCAUCCCCUGCCCCGAGUCCCCUCCCUCUGCCAUGAUUUUGCUGAGCAGCUUCUUGCAUCUGCGUCCUCGGCGCUGCGGCCCCUUCGGAGGGCUGGGCAGGGGGGCCAGCCCCGCCGCGGGGUCUCGCAGGGCUCUGCGGGUGCUGGUGGACAUGGACGGGGUGCUGGCUGACUUCGAGGGAGGCUUCCUCAAGAAGUUCAGGGCCAGGUACCCCAACAAGCCCUACAUUGCCCUGGAGGACCGGAGGGGCUUCUGGGUGUCGGAGCAAUACGGGCGCCUGGGACCCGAGCUGAGUGAGAAAGCCAUCAGCAUCUGGGAAUCCAAAAACUUCUUCAUUGAGCUGGACCCACUCCCUGGGGCUGUGGAAGCUGUGAAGCAAAUGGCAAAUUUGGCAGACACCGAUGUGUUCAUCUGCACAAGCCCAAUCAAGAAGUACCGCUACUGCCCUUACGAGAAGUACGCCUGGGUGGAGAAGCACUUCGGGCCCGAGUUUCUCGAGCAGAUCGUUUUGACACGAGAUAAGACAGUGGUUUCUGCUGACCUGCUUAUAGAUGACAGACCUGAUAUAACAGGGGCUGAGCUGAAUCCCAGCUGGGAGCACGUGCUCUUCACGGCGUGCCACAACAAGCACCUGCAGCUGAAGCCACCCAGCCGGAGGCUGCAGUCCUGGACCGAUGACUGGAGGGCCAUUCUGGACAGCAAACGGCUGCCACCCGGCCAGGCCACCUAAACACCAGCUUCCCACAGCCACCUGGGGCUGUGGCCACCCAUCAGGUCCCUGCAGAGUCCUGCUGAAGGCUGAAAGCACAGAUGGACAGACAGACAGAUGCUGUCCCUGCAGCGGAGAGGGAGAUGAGGGUGAGCUGAAGCAGGAAGGCCACCCACACCCACAGAGCAGACUCCAGCCUGUCUAUGCCACGAGGGACCAGCAGCAUGACUGGCCUCAUGGACACAACAGCCUGGCUGGGGGGCAUUUCCCACUGGCUCCUGGGGCCUCUGUGUUGCAUCUGCAUCCCCUGUGAAGCCACUCCGGUGUUUCUGAUGGGCAGAGUCACCCUCAGUGUGUCACUGCCCUUGCCUGGUGCACUGCAUGGCACAGACCAGCUCUGCACCCUCCUCUCUGCAUUGCAGUCAGGGGUCAUGCGGGUGGUGUGUGUUGCCCCACAGGGCUUCCUACUGAGGGGUUGCCUGAGGAUAUUACCUCCUGGCCUGUGCGUGGUCUGGGAGGGAGAGGGAUUGGAAGGGCAAGGGGAGCAGACAGAUGCUGCCCAGGCUUCCUGCAUUAGCUCAGCUGUGCUGUUCUUUGCAGCUGAUGCAACAGGACAUGCUUCCCUGCAGGAAGAGUCCCUGCAAUGGGACAUGAGGACAGUACCACUUCUCCCAUGGAUGUGGGCAUGAGGAGAGAGCCCUGACGUGCUCACACCUGAGCUGUAGCUGUCCUGCAGCUGGUGGGAGGGUUCCCUGCUUGUCUUCAUCCCUGAAAGCUGCCACAGCUUCAGAGGUGGGACAUUAGAGCUGGUUUGGGUUGAAGAGGUGGACUCUUUUCCCUCCUGCUCAUCACUCACGCACAGCUUGUUCAGGACAUCUCUGGGGCAGCGAGCAGUUAGUGGCAGUGCCAGCCCUUCCUGAGAGCUGGGCAGCUACUGCAGGAGCUCAGGGCUCACCCUGCCAGCUGGUUAUCGGACAGCAGCUCCUUGGGUUUCAAAGCCAGGAAGGUCUGCACAUGCAGGCUGUAUGAUGAAAUCAUCCCAUCUCCCUCCUCCUGGUAGUACCUGACAUCAUCCUGCCCAGAAUGCUCUGAGUGUGUGUCCAACAGGCAUCUUCCUUCCAUGCAGAGGUCCUGGGUGCUGUGUCCCACUAAGGUCAGGCGCUGGGACUGUCCAUGCCACAGAGCAUCCCGAAGCCUUCUCUGCAGAGCCAUCAGGAGCUGAUGGAGAAGCAGAGUGGGUGGACGAGCUAUGCCAUUGCUGAGAGUGGGUAAAGCAGAGGCACCAUGUGUGUCCAAAGGAUAGGCUGAGGGUUGCAUUGGUGGAGGAUUGCCAUGGCUGCAUAUGUAGGUGGUGUCCCAGCUUUGGAUGUCUGGGGAUGGAGCGUGCAGCCAGCCUCGCUUGCCUCAUGCCAGGACUCCUGCAGCAAGGUUUUGGGGGCUGGGCCAGUGCAAAGAGGCUGCAGCAUGUGUGCUAUCUGUGCCAGCUACCACUGCCAGCCAACUGUGCUGGGGCUACUGGGUUCCAGGAGUGGUCAGCACUGCAGAGAACCUGCAGCUGGGCACUGCAGAGGGAACAUUUGCGCCAAGGGGCAGCUCCAAGAAGGAUGCUUUCUGCAUAGCUGUGCCACAGCCUCGUCACCUGCCUGGCUUGUUCUGCCUCCCCAAGCCCGCAUCAGCCCAGCCUUGAGCUGCAGCAACCCGGCUGCCACCAGCAGCAGCACCGGAAAGCAGCCGCUGCUGCUGCUGCUCCUCCACCCAGCCCCAUAGAAGAGUGCUGGGGUGAACCAGCACCCAUUCCUGCCUAUGGCACUGCUGUAAGGCAGACACAGCCUGGCCAGCACAAGCGGGAGCUGGCCCUGCAAAGCUCCAGGGAUGUACGUCAGGGCUGGUGUGUGUCAGUGCUGACACUGCUGCAGCCCCACUCCUGCCUGCCCCCAUGCCAGCCAGGAUCCCACUGCAUUCUCCUGCUCUCCUGGCCCCAAGGACUUGAUGACUGCCAGAGUAAAAUUCCCCAGUGGAACACAUAGCCCCAUGGCUGGGGGUGGUAGCCAGGGCUUGGCCGGGGUUAGCCACUCCAUGCAACUUGCUCAUGCCUUUGGCUUGCUUCUCCUCCCUCCUCUGGGCCUCCUUGUCAGCAAAAACUGGGAGCUCAAAGCCACACAGCUAACAAAUAGCUUAAUUCAGCAGCAGCAGCCAACACCCAGCUAUGUCCAGGACCUGGAGGGGCUUCUGAGCCGGUACUUCGGAACUGUUGCCUUCCCUGGCUGCUACGGGGCAAGGGCUGAGGCCAUCUGGGGCCUUUCUGAAAGCUGCCCUGUCUCAGCAUGGAACGAGUGCAUAAGGACAGUGGUGGCUGGCCUAUGGUGGUGAGAGGAUACCACAUACCACAAGGAUCUUUGGGGUUGAUUUUAAUUGUUCAAACCACUGGGUGCUUCUCUGGGCCGUGGAUUUGGCCUGGGGGUGAGUUUGGGAGCUGCCUUGGUCAGGGGUUUGCAGGCAGGGAGCUGGGACAGUGUGUGAGCACUGUGGGCAGCCACCACAGCUGCUGAGCAUUAUAUACCUCUGGGCUCUGCAGCACCAAACCCAACAGCACCAUUUAAACAUGAGUUGCCCAAACUCUGGAGUCUUUUUGCAGCCCAUUUGCAACACCAAAACUGGAGCUAGCAUGUUGUUAGGGCAGCUGCCCAAACCAGCCACCUUCCCCUGAGACUGAGCUGGACUCUGGCCACCAGCAGGUCUUUCCCUCUCGGUGGGACAUAUGAUACUGGAGAGACCAUGAGGCUUCAUGCCAAAUAUACUUGAAAGAAGAGCUGGGGUUUCUCAUGCAUGAGGCUCUGACUCAACACACACAACUCCUGAGCAGGUAGCUGGCCUGUUUGCACCCGCUGAGCUCGGAGCUGGGAGGUGGCUCUUCAUCACCCAACAGAUUGGCCUUUCCAGUGUUGAAGCCCUUCUGUGGCCAGCUGAGACGCACAAAGCUUUUACUUUUUAAUGUACAUCUAUAAAACUGAGGCCAAUGAGGAGCACUGCAAUAAACACUGGGUUUUAUUGGCAUCUAGCUUCCUGGAAACGGAGUUUGGGGUUUGUAGUUUCCCACCCGUGGCUCUGCCCUCUGCGUGGGGACAGCGAGGGGUUCACCUGUAGGCUUGGGCAAGUUCCUGUGCCCCCAAAGCCUGUAACCAGCCCCCAGCAGUGUCAUUACCCCUUAGACAGAGUCUCUGUGGGAAGCAAAAGGGGGGGUUUAGGCAGCAGUCAGUUUCCUAGAGACCUUUUGUAAUAAAUAAAGCUGUAAAGUGUGUCUCCCGUUGG